GAGUUCAAAUCUCGGUGGGACCUGAGAUUUUUCUUCCACCCUCGUCUAUGGAAUCACUUACUAUCUUCUUUAAAGUUGUGCUUAUUUAUUAAUUAAUUUAUUUAAUUUUUAAAUGAAAUUCAUGUUUUGGUUGUUAUUUUAUUUCGUCUUUCCCGUCUCAGUCGGUUAAGUUAAUGAACUUAACCGACUGAGACUGUUGCUACAUCCGGACGGCUUUGUACAGACGACGUUUCAAGAUGGCAGCAGCGAUGGACGUUGACACACCGAGUGGUGCUAACAGUGGCUCAAGCAAGAAACGCUUCGAAGUUAAAAAGUGGAAUGCUGUGGCGCUGUGGGCCUGGGACAUUGUUGUGGAUAACUGCGCCAUCUGUAGAAACCACAUCAUGGAUCUCUGCAUAGAAUGUCAAGCCAACCAAGCAUCUGCAACCUCAGAGGAAUGCACAGUAGCCUGGGGGGUCUGCAAUCAUGCAUUCCAUUUCCAUUGUAUUUCCCGCUGGUUGAAAACCAGACAAGUGUGUCCCCUUGAUAACAGAGAGUGGGAGUUUCAGAAAUAUGGACAUUGAGUCGGCCUGCCGCUCACUUCCUGCAAGAAUCAAUUUCACUGCUUCUUCAAUCCCAGCGGCUUGUAUUAUUUUCCACACUUUUGUUUUAGUAUGUUGUAAUUAAAUGGUGAGCUUGUAAGGUAAAAAGUUUGAAAUAAUAAAUGGAAAAAAACUGGGAAUUAACCU